CCCUCCCUCCAAGCCGCAUCCCCAGAUAACGGCGCUGGGAGUGCCUUGCGAAGUGCUAAAAUUGCCAGCCUGGACGCCCUCUGGACUCCGGCCCUGGGUUUUUGCCUACUGGCCAGACUGUCUAGUGUCUCGCGCUGGGGCUCGUCUUUGCCUAGAUGGGCCAGAAAGAGGCAUCCUUCGUGGGGACAGCAGCCGGUGCUGCGCCUCUGAUUCGCUCAUGGUGGCGGCUGUUACAUGGGGAGCGCUGCUGACGCAGGCAGAGACGAUCUGUCGAGGCAGCCCUAUGGUUCGCAUCGAGACGAGGCCUGGACUAAGUGGUCGCGUCUGGUCCGUGAUCUGGCACCAUCCUGAUAUGGCCUCGCUGCCUGUCAACGCCGCCAGACGCGGUACUCGCAGACGAAGAAGGGUCUGGAAGUGGAGGGAUGGAGAGACAACCUCUUUUUCCCUGCCUGAGGCGACAUGGGCGACCACAGCGCAUCCGAUUUGGGGCUUCAGUAAGCGCCAGCUGAAUGUCCGUCAUCGUCUCAUUGAGCCAAGGGGAGCCCCCCUGGAAGGUUGUGCCUUAAAUCUCUGAUCCGGCGGGACGGCUCGCAUUAGCACAGCGCCUAUGGAGGCAGGAAAUACCAAAGAAGAGCAUGUUGCUGUUUAUCCUAAUUUCAUUUGUGUCAGUUGAUCCCAAAAAACACGACCUGAAGCAGCGAUACCGGUUA